AUGUCGGCCCAACUCGACUCCCUCGGCAAUAAUGAAUUGGCCGAAGAGAUAGAAGCGAUCAAUGCCAUUUACGACCCCGAUACCGUUACGAUCAAUAGCACUGCGGCUUCGUCUAUAGUCAACUCUACGCUUGAUUUGGGCAGUUCCGGCUCAACGGAUCCAUUGGUCGCGACAGUGAAGCUACAGAUUCCUGAACAUCCGCAUUUAUCGUUUAUACUUGGCUUCGAUGCCUCGUAUCCCGACACACCGCCUAAGGUCCUCGGGACCGCAUCUACCGCGUCGCGCGGGGAGGGUAAAGUCGCGGUCGAUGUUUUGGAGGAUAUAUUAGGGAGAACGUACCAGCCUGGGGCUGUUUGCUUGUUCGAUGUGAUAAAUGAGGCGGUUGAGGCUUUCCAGGAGUUGAGUAUUGGGGGAAGCAACAACGAGAAUAACAAGGGGCAAGAGGAAGAGACGGACACACCGGACCUGAAGGCUGAGGAUAUUGCUAGCUUGUCGUUGAAUGAGGCUUUCGGAUUGGACAAUCCGCCUAACUGGGUCUUGUCGGAUGUGGUGACCGAGAAAAAGUCCGUCUUUGUUGGGCGCGCAGCGCAUGUUACUAGUCUUGAGCAGGCUCAGGCUUAUUUGGAUUAUCUCCUGGCGACCGAGAAGAAGGUAGCAGCUGCGACGCAUAAUAUCAGCGCUUGGCGCAUUAGGCAACAAAAACCGUCGAAUGGAAAGGGCGAGUCCGCGGAAAUGAUUGUACAGGAUUGCGAUGAUGAUGGGGAGACAGCUGCUGGGGGCCGAUUACUUCAUCUCAUGCAGCUGAUGGACGUAUGGGAUGUGGUUGUGGUGGUCACACGGUGGUACGGCGGAGUCUUACUGGGCCCCGAUCGGUUUCGUAUUAUCAAUGCUGUCGGUCGCGAUGCGCUGAUGAAGGGUGGGUUCGUCAAGGAGUCAACCCCUGCAGGUAAUGAGAAGGGAAAGAAGAAAGGAAAGAAAUGA